AUGAAAGUACCACUCGAAAUACUGCGAUGGAUCUUGGAACUCGCUUCCGCUUCCUAUACCCGUCACGAGUUCUUUCAGCUGAGGCUUACCAGUCAUCUAAUCGACGAUGAGGUGUUGUCAACGUUCUUCACUGAUCACGGCCUGGUGUCAUUCCGAUUCGUUCCUUACCGCGACCCCGCCUUCAGUCGUGAACGUGUUCGCUAUCCUCGCUUCGACAGCGUUCCGUUGAACCUUCGCUACGCAUACUUCCAACAUCGUGUAAAAAGACAGGGCGCCAAACGUAGCCUAUUUGCACAUCUCUUCAUUCCGGUGUAUAAGGCUGAGCUCAAAAGGCUGGGGAUAUCAGAACAAGACCAUGCAGUUAGACGUAAGAAACUGGGAACCUGGAUAAGCUGGUGCAUGCACGAGUACUGGAAGGAGAGCUGGGUCGUUGCACACGCGAACUCAGCGGAUGGAGCGAAGCAUUUGCCACACUACGACGGGUAUACAGUGGAUGACGACCCCGAAACGCGCGUCGAGAACGAUCGCAAGUUCCUGAGGAUCUGUUGUGCCAUCGAUGUCGAAGAUGAAAACACGAUACUCGAGCUAUUUGCAGGCUUUCGCAGCAGCGUAGACGAUUUAAAUUACUGUUUUGGUACGACCCUUCUUGGCUUUGCAAUUUGUACCGGACGUCAAAACGUGCUCCGGCUACUCCUACGGUCAGUAAAAGACAUAAAACAGAAACGGCUGUACACAUACCUCUCUAUCGCCGUCCUCGAGGUCAGUCAGCGCAAGGACAUAAUCGACAUCUUGUUGAAUCACUGCACCCAGCACAUGAAAGAUAAAGCAGGAGGCAACGCCUUCCUCAGAAAAGACGUAGCAAGACGGAUCCUCGUUCAAGACCUCCUCAUCGCCGCCACCACAAAAGGCAACCAGCGCGUCUUCAAUGCUGUAUAUGAAUGGAUGGAGAGCAUACCGAACUUCUACGGUAAACUUUCCAUAUUCGAGGGAUUCUUUGCCCGAACACUCAAAGAUAAGACAUUUUGCAACUUCUUUCCCCCUCUUAAUACUCUAUCAACGAGUAGUAACAAAGCGCUGGGUACAUUAGCUAUAAUACCUGCGCAUCACUUCGGUGUAGCAUACCAGCGGCGCCUUCAAAGGAAGUUCACCCAUGUGGUCCGUGACGAAGGCUGGAUAUAUUCGUUUGGACUGUGA